AUGUCCCGGCUGGAAUACGCGUUCACGGUGGUUUUCCUCGCCUGCGGCUACGCGGCGGUACUGGUCGGGAUCUUGUUGCCCACCCGUCUGGUCUUCUUCCCAAUGGAGUACGAACCUCCACCGGACGAGGGCCACCCGGACGAUACGCAGAUGGUGCUGCCUGUCGGCGGCCCAAGGGAGCAAGAAGUGCCGGCGGACGACCUCCAUGGUGUGGAUCAUGGCGAGCAACUACACGAAAGCAGCAGUAUGUCGCUAACCCUAGCCGCCACGAUGCAGGGACCGGCGACGUCUCCGAAAAAUGUUGACCGGGAUGAGGACCACCAGCACGAGAGUAGUACUAGCCGUAUGUCGCUAGCCCUUGCCGCGGCCACGUUGCAGCAAGAAGAUAAACCGCGGAGGACGAGCGAGGGGAUGGUGUACUACGUGAUGCCCUGGAAUUUUGUUUACAUGGGAACCUUAUCCUCCGUCACACAGCGGGCGGACAGUGCGGAGGGCCGCAUUUUCACCACCUGUCUGAUCAUCAACGAGGUGUGUGUGCUUCUCUCCCGCUACACGGUGGUGCUGUACGACAGGGAGUGUGACAAAAUGCACAGCGGGGCCGAGAGCAAGAACAGUUUGUAUCUCACAACACUCCAGACGGAACCUUUCUGGAAUCUCGUGCUGCGUGUUCUGUGGCUGAUCCUGCCGACGAUUUUGAUGCUGAUAACCGCUGCGAUUCCGAGCGCAACCUACAACGACGAAGACCAUCGACAGGGGGACAACAUCAAUGAUAACGACGCUGAGCUGCCGGACCACGGCUCCUUAGCGGCCAGCCGAGUCGCCCGGUCGAACCAAGCUGCCGAAGUUAUGGCAUUCUCAACUGUUUUUACAUUCUCAACUGUUACACGGAAGAUUUGUCAUGCAAAAUUGGCAUCAGCCUCCACUUGGUCAAGGUGCUUAGCAUGAUACAUUUUCGAAGGGCUAAACACAUGAUAAUCUGUGGAAAAUCUGUGAUGCGAAAGCUGCACUCUUGCCACUUUCAUUGUUGCCAUUCUUGCAUGGCAGAUUCGUGUAACAGUUGAGAAUGUUAAAAUUUGAGAACGCCAUAGACGUCGCUGCCCUCCACGACAAGCGCACGCGGAAGUACAUGGCUAUGGAAAGAAAAAUAUGGAGAGAAAAAAGUUUGUCACAGUCACUAACUUGCAGGUUUUGCAUUACAAAUUUUCUCAGCAUCACAAACUUUCCUUGUAUUGCAGAAACACUAGGGAAAUCCCUAAUGAAGUUUGGUUGUGAUGCAUUUUUGCGCAUGACAAACAAUUUUGUAUUGCAAGAAUGCGCAUGAGUGAUCGUGACGAACUUUUUUUCUUUGAUAAAAAAAGUGUUACGGUUAA